CAGUGAACCGUGGAUAAACUAAAAUGUUUAAAUGAGACAAACACUUUGAGGUACUUCGCGCAACUACUGUUUGGAACUGGAACCAUGGAAACUACGGAGCCCUCGGAAGAUCUUACCCGCCUGGAGGCCCUGGACCGGGUGGUGAUCCGCGAGCGGAGCACCGGCUGCAAGAACUGCAAGUACGUGGUGCUGAGUCCGGAUGGCCAGGAGCUGUUGUACGCCACCGAGGACUCCGGCAUUGUCAGCAAAUUGCUGGCUGGGCAGAGCCGCGCGCUCGAGAUAGACCUGCUCGACACCAAGCAGAGAGUGGUGAUAAAGCUGCGUCGGCCGUACGCCGUGGGCGGCGAUAAGAUGGAGGUGAGCGUGCGCGGCGCGGCGGCGGCGGUCGUGCGACGAGAAGCAACGCUGCUCAAGCCCGUGCUGCGCGUCACCGACGCACGCGACGAGACGCUGCUCCGCGUUAAAGGGCCCGUCUCCAUAUCCUCCAGCUGCGACUUCCAUCUGUAUUCCGUGUCAAAGCAGCGCAUGGGCGUGAUCCGCAAGCGGUGGUCGGGCAGCGGCGACCACGACAACUUCAUCAUCGUGUUCCCGCCCACGGCCACCCUACACACCAAGGCCGCUAUUGUGGCCACUGCGCUGCUCAUUGAUUUCCUGUUUUACCUGUGAGUGGCUGUGAGAAGAACAUUACUUGGUUCGAAAGUGCGAAA